CUCAUCCUCCCCCCGCCCAUCGCAUAUCAUCAACAAUGGCACCCACCAAGAAGGAAGGACGAAAGCAGCGAUCUGCCCUCUCGGACGUCGUCACCCGAGAGUACACCAUCCACCUGCACAAGCGAGUGCACAACACCCAGUUCAAGAAGCGUGCCCCCACUGGAGUGAAGGAGGUGAUCAAGUUCGCCCAGAAGGCCAUGGGCACCAAGGAGGUGCGAGUGGACCCCAAGCUCAACCAGGAGAUCUGGAAGCUCGGUGUGAAGGAUGUGCCAAGGAGAGUUCGCGUAAGGCUGGAGAGGAAGCGAAACGACGACGAGUCUGCCAAGGAGAAGCUGUACACCUACGCUACCCCCAUCCUCGGCAUCACCGACUUCCACGGACUGCAGACUACUGUUGUCGAGCAGGAGUAAAUGCAGACUUGUAGAGAUACUCAGAGCAGUGGGCAAUGUCAUUCCGUUGCACGAGCGAUCAUACGACCUCUUUCUUGGAAGCCUGUGGAUCGGUCUCGUCCGACAGCGAGUCUGACUUCUGCCACAUCACUCAGAACAUCUACAAACAGCACCUCACUUCUCAGCACACCAAGUCUAGCGCAUCUGUCACAGUUCUCACUUGCCCAUCGCAUCCUUUGAUCCCUCUUCACUUUGUACGAUCUACUUUCCACCCCUGGCCCGCGUCCGUGUAGCCACUUGACUCGCUCGAUUGUCCGGUCCUCUUAGUCCGAGGUUUCGUUGACGAGGCUAAGAAAUACAUGACGGAAUACUCUCCCAAUU